ACUAAAUUGACCAUGUAAACAAAACAAUAAAUAUGAUGUUGAGCUAAAAUACUGCAGCUAACACUAGCAGAGUAGUAUUUACUGUUUCUAUCAACCAAACUUGUAUGAAAACUUCCGCUUGAUCAGACCUUUGUACAGUAUCAGGUCUCUCACAAUGUUGUGUGGGAAUUUGAGAAGAUUCAAAGUCCCACUUAGACUACCAUACAGAUUGAACAAACUCAUUUUAAGAACUCUGUUGACCAGCACAAAGGAUGGCAGUUUCCUUACCAUACAACAAACUAGGGAAGAGUUGAAACUGCUUGUUGGUGCACAGAAAAUAUGGGGGACUAAAACCCAAGAGGAGAGCCCUGCUCCAGCAGUCACAUCUCAGGACAAGCUUCCAGCAAGGUCUAUGUCGUACAGCCAUCGGAAGGCUGUCAUACCUCUUGGCUCCAACCCAGGGCUGAAGGAGAAAUACAUCAACUUCUACAAUGGUAUACGCUUUGGACGUAUUCUGGAGGAUCUUGACACGUUUGCAGUUGCCAUUAGUUACACACACACCCUUGGUGCUACAGGGACCAAUGAGAAAUCUCCACUCAGCAUUGUGACAGCUCUUGUGGACAGAAUAGACCUGAGCCAGGAGAGCAUAGUGCCAGACAGGGACAUCAUGAUGACUGGCCAGGUGACAUGGGCGGGGAGGUCAUCUAUGGAGAUCACUAUGAACCUUGACCAGGAGAUUGAGCAGACUUGGAAACACCUGUUGACUGCAAAGUUCCUCAUGGUGGCCAGAAACCCUGCUACAAAGAGCGCCGCAGAGAUAAACCGCCUACAACCUGAUGGCCCAGAGGAAGAGGCUCUGUUCCAACUGGGAGAAGAGACGAAGGCUAAGCGUAUGUUGGAGAGUCAGAAGACGCUGUUGAAGACGCCGCCUGACGAGAAGGAAAGGCUUCUUAUACAUGACCUGUUUCUUAAGACCCUUGAUCCCAAGGCACAUACUUUCAAGAUUCGUGUGAAGCCCGAAGACUCGGUAUGGAUGGAAGACACUAUUCUUAAAAACCUGGUCAUAUGUAUGCCUGAGCAACGUAACCUUUACAACAAGAUUUUCGGCGGAUUUCUUAUGCGAAAGGCAUUUGAACUGGCCUAUGCGAAUGCAUCACUUUUUUGUAAAGGACGACCUCUCAUCGAGGUUGUAGACGAUAUUGCGUUUAAGAAGUCGGUAGAAGUUGGCUCCUUCCUGUUCCUGUCCUCUGAGAUUGUGUAUACGGUUGACACACGGCUGAUGAUCAAGGUGCACGCCGAGGUUGUGGACCCGAUGUCCGAGUCAAGGGAGACUACUAACGACUUCUACUUCGUGUUCAACACCAGAGACAAGCAGUCGGUGCCGCGAGUCAUCCCAAAGACAUACGCAGAAUCCAUGUUGUAUUUAGACGGAAAGAGACACUUUGACGGCUGAAAGAAAACGACCUGAGGAAAAUUUGAGUGCAGGAAAAUCUGUCGUAGACAUUUUAAGGCGUAACUGCUUCAACUGCCGAUGUAGAUUCGUGUAAUAUAGCAUAAACUUGUUGCGAUAACAAUAAAAUGUAAUGGACAUACAUCAGCCCUCUAUGGGUUGGUUAAACACACUGUAUUUGUUUAGCCCGGCUAGCUCAGUCGGUAAUGUCGUCGUCGUCUCACGACGUCCCGGUCGGGGAGUGUCUAAAUAAAAAAGACUAUAAGUA